UUUACCAUUGAAACAUCACCCACUUAUUUUCAAUCUCAUCUACUACUACUUCUUUCUUCUUUUGGGCAUUUCAGCAAACAGUUAGUGAGCAAAAGGAGUCGAGCUAGAAGAAGGGCAGUUGGUAUAAGCAAUGGCCCUGCAAGCACCCACUAGAAUUCCAGCUAAUUUAGCCCCAAUUAAUGGUGGAAACACUGGUCUCAGACAGGCACCAAAUGGUUUAGCCUUGAAAUCAUCAUUUUUUUCUCCAUCAAUCCAUUUAUUGCUCCCACCUCCAUCAUUCUCUAAUGCAGCGCCUGCUACUGCCCCUAAAAUCUCCAUGCGUGUUGCCUCUAAGCAAGCCUAUAUAUGCCGGGAUUGCGGGUAUAUUUACAAUGACAGAACUCCUUUUGAGAAAUUAGCUGACAGUUACUUCUGUCCUGUAUGCGGAGCUCCAAAAAGAAGAUUCAGGGCGUAUGAACCUAAAGUAACCAAAGAAGCUAAUUCCGCAGCGGUUCGUAAGGCCAGGAAAGAAAAGUUAAAAAGAGAUGAAGCUGUUGGGAACAUACUGCCUAUUGCUAUUGGAGUUGGAGUUGUUGCACUUGCUGCUUUAUACUUCUAUGUCAACAACAGUUCCUAGAUUCAAGUGGACCAAAAAUAAUGUCAUCAUCUUCUGAUGAACACCACGAGUAGGUCCUGGGUUCGAGUCACACUGGAGGGAAAGUGUGGAAACACUAUAAAUCCUUCAAAAUGGGGGGGGAGAGGGGACACUUCUGUAGUGAUGGAAAUAUGAAAUUGCCAAUUUGUCUUGUUUAAACAAACCGUUGUAAUGCCAGAGAAAGACCUGAAAAGUAAGUUUGAAUCACAAUAAUUGUAGUCACAUGGCAUCUGAAA